AUAUGGCCGUGUUAGGGCCAAAUGUGAGUGUAAAUAUGAAUGGUCAUAGUAAUAUUCAUAGUCAGUUAACAAAAUCUUUAGAAAGAAUUUUAGAAGAUGCGUAUUUGAGUGGUGAAUUAAAAUUAAGCGGACGUAAGUUAAGAGAUUUCCCGAAACCAGUGAAAUAUGACUUGAGUGAUACAGUUGUUGCUGAUUUGUCAAAAAAUCGGUUCAGCGAAUUGCCGGAGGAAGUAACCACGUAUAUAUAUUUAGAAAAGUUAGUGUUGUCACAAAAUGUCAUCAGGACGAUACCAGAUGCAGUCGGUGGAUUACAGUCACUCACAUAUUUAGAUCUCAGUUCAAACCAGCUAACAGAAUUGCCCCGUGAGGUAUGUAUGAUGCCGUUACAAGUUCUUCUUCUACCGGACAAUCUCCUGACGAGUCUACCCAAGGAGAUCGGCAAGAUGACUUCUUUAGCGGAAUUGGAUGCGUCGAACAAUAGACUUACACAAGUUCCAAUGAACCUUGGAGAUUGUGCUGGUCUUCGAUGUUUAAACCUUAGUAAUAACCAGCUCGGGUUGCUGCCAUUACAGAUCACUUACCUCCGACUCGAGCACUUAGACGUGAGCUGUAAUUGUAUAUCUUCGCUUCCAUUAGAGCUCCGCAAUAUGAGCACGAUAAUCACAUUGAAUCUAGACAAUAAUCCUCUCGUAUCCCCUCCUACUACCAUUUGCAUGCGCGGGCGCGUGCACAUAUUCAAAUAUCUCGAGAAUAUGGCAAUAAAGGAUUCCUUGCCGGCACAUAGAAGAGUGGACGAAACCAGACGGACGGCGAAGCACACAUCAUACAUCAGCUCACCCAACAGCGGAACACAUCAGAUCACGUCGGGUAACGCGACCAUCGACUGCUUGAGGCACAAGCCGAGACACGUCGUAGACAGCGGAUACUGCACCGAUGGUGUGGAGAAGAGGUGGUCGAACGAUGCGUGUGGCGAGGCGGGCGGCGGGUCGGGCCGCUCCACUCCCAGCACGCCCUCCACGCUGUCGCCCGGCGCCGCACUGUCGCGGGCGCAGUCCCUGUCCAGCGAAACUCCCCUCGCCCCCCUCACGCCUAUACUCACAGGCCUCCGUAUAUCACCUGAAGGGAACAUUUCAAAUGGCGAGGAUAAGAGUAAAUUAGCUCAUCAGCAAACAUACAGACAAUACAAAGAAGCCCUAAGACAGCAGCGUCAGCAGGACGUGUAUCGGCCGCGCUGCGACCAACCCUCCCCCUCUCCCGAACUGGACUCCAAUUCGCACUCACUCAACCAGAGCCCCGUGCACUUCCAGAAGUCCCCCCACUCGCCUAUCAAUGGAUACAGUAACAUAUCUCCCUAUAACCGAUCUUUAUCCUCGAACUCGACAACCUCACCCAACACGUCCAUUGUCUCACCCAACUCCCCCGUCCUGCAUUCGACACCCCGAAGGUUUCAAGCACAGAACGGCAAUCAGGAAAAGAUGGAGGAGACUAAACGACCCGUCCAAAAAGUCGUUCCGUCGCGAAACGUCAACAAAAUGUACUCGUCAGUCAACGGCAACGUCGACUACACGCGACUGAACGGCUCGGACACGUAUUCGAAACCGACUUCCCCGAGCAAGUCUCCGACGAACACGAUAGGGUACACGAACAGUCUAAAGUCGAACAUACCGAGGACGGUGAAUGGCGACGCGAAGUUGUUAACGACGACGGUUUCAUACUUGAAAGGAGCGGGAGCGAAGCCGGCGGCCAAGAUCGCCUGGAAUAAGGACACGCCUUCGGACAAGCUCAGCUUCACCAUGAAGAGGGAGUUCGAUAAGCAGAAGGAGGAGUCGGAGCUGUUGCAGCAGUUGAGGACGAUAAUCGAGAGCCGGCUGAAGAUGUCUCUGCCGGAGCAGCUGCCGGCGGUGCUGGCGGACGGCGUGGUGCUGUGCCACCUCGCCAACCACGUGCGGCCGCGCUCCGUCGCCUCCGUGCACGUGCCCUCGCCUGCGCAGCCAAAACUAACAAUGGCAAGGUGUAGAAGAAACGUGGACAACUUCCUGGAGGCGUGUCGGAAAAUAGGAGUCGAAGAGGAGGACGUGUGCGCGCCCGCGGACGUUCUGUGCUCGGCCGGCGAGCGCGCCGCGCACACGGCCGCCCUGGCGCGCACCGUGCGGGCGCUCCUGGCACACGCCACCGCCGCCCCACCGCCCCCCGCCCCGCCCUCCCCCAGCCCCGAAUACGACUCCAUCGAAGUGAACUACGACCGUCCCCGGCACAGGUACGCCGAGGACAGGUACAUCAGCAACUUCAACUACAACGAUCAGGACUACACCUUCGACGAGUCGGAGGAGCACCAGCUCGGCUUCGACGGCGGCGCCGACUCGCCCCCGAGCGUCCAGUACUCGCCGGUGUACGCCGAGGAGACGAGGGUUCGGGGUCCGUACUACCAGAAGAAUAGGAUCCAAUUCGUGACUCCGUUCUGCAAGGGCGAUGGUGUGUUCAGGAGUGAUCAUUUCGAAAUAUAUGACACUGAUGAGGUCGAUUUUCCGAUCGAUUUGACCGAGGGGGCGAUCGACGCGGAUAGAUACGACAGGGGGAAGAUGAAUCUUGACAUACGAGGCAAUUACGAAUCCAAUACGACAGUAGUCGAAACCGAAACGGCGAGAGACAGAGAGAAUAGAAUUUUCUAUACUUGUCUAUGCCUUGGAAGUUUUAUCGUGUCUACGAUUGCGCUUAUUCUGUAUCCUCUGUGAAUAUACGCGGUAACUUCUUACCUAAAUAUUCACCGCUGCCUUUCAUAUUUGAUCUGAUACAUGAUAAGAAUAAGACCCUAUGUAUACAGAUACAUUUUGCAGCUAUAUACUGAUUAUCAAACUCGCGACAAUACCGAUUCACUUGAAGUGACUUGGUUGCAGACGAAUGUGGAAUAAACACGCAUUAAGUUAAUGGCGACCGACUUCACACGGCAUGAAAUAAGGAUUGUCGUCCAGAAACAACGCAUAAAAAUUUAAUACAAGAAGACUUCGUGUGUAACGCGUCUGUAUCGCUGCAAAACGAAGCCCUGUCGUAUAAUUAAGGCUGUAGAAAUGAAUAGUUGUUAUUAAUUGUAAUGAAAUACACCGUUAUUUCCAGUUAGUGCACACAAUGCCUUAUAAUUGUAUAAUGUAACAGUAAAACUGUGAUCGAAAUUUAAUUGAGGCUGCUGUUUUUGAUGGAAUGCGGCACUUUAUAUAUUUCUAUUUAAAAAUAUGCACGAAAUAUAAAUCCAAAGUAAUAAUAACUUUUAUAAUUACUACUUGAGGGGUGUAGCGAAAAGUAAAAUUAAUGCUAAAAAAUAAUAUCUAAUUUGAAGUCACUCAAACAUCAGUCUAUGUCAGUCUGUAUGAGAAGUUAAUCCUUAUCUUGACUCAGUUGAAAAUGAUGGAAUUGAAUAGCAGAAGUCGUUUAUUGCUGUCUAUUUUUAAUACCAAUUUUUGAAUAUUUACUUCCGUAAUUGAUAGACAAAGUGCCGCUUUCCUUAUCUCUGUUAAGACUGAUGAAAGGAAAUUGAUAGUAUUGAAACAUUUAAGGAAUUGUACACGUUGAUAAAUUCAGCUGUUCCAUGGUACAAGUCGUUUUCGUAGACAAGCUUAGAGGAGUAUGUUAAGAUGGACCAAAUGCGGUGUGAUUUACAAAAUUUUAAUAUGAGCCAAUGUUCUUACAAUGAAAAGAUGCGUUCCAGUAAUUAUUAUGAUGUUUUGUGUGUAUAUAUAUUUUUUUUAUUAUUUAAAGUUAAAAAUAAUUAUAAUUAUUGAUUGUCUUAUGUUAAAUAAUUUCCUUUCUCCUAAAUUAGAUGGGUAGCAUUUUAAAGAGACUAUAUUUAAUUUUCAUGGAAUCACUAACACUCCAAAUAAACUGCCAAACGAUUAAAAAAAAAAAUAUUAUUAAGUACAAGGAAACGUUUCUGUUUAACUUCUCACUUCUUUAUACUUUUUAAAAUAUAAAAAUUGUAUAUUAUUUAGGUGAGGACUUAGGUUUCAGGUUUAAAUUAAGUACUAUUUAUUUAAUGUUUUCUUUUAUCUCGUUAGUAUGUGUUGAUUGAUGUGUGUUUUAUAUUUUUAUAUAAUUACAGAAGAUCUCAGUUUUUGUUUGCUAUGUAAUAUGAUUAUAGAUACGUAUUUACGUUUUAUUUUAUACAUUAAUUUAUUUAAAAAAACUUAUUUUGAAUUUAUCUAAGAAUAAGUCAAGCGCGGUAUUGAUACAGCUGUUAUUUUGAUUUCCUUAAUCCUCGCUUCGUAAUCCGAUGUAAUUAUACCACACGAAAACUACUUUUGUAUGUGACUGUCUUCCUAAAACCGUAUUUUUAUAUGAAUAUUGAAAUUUUUUAAUUGAUCGUUCGUAGUGCCAAUGGUAUUCUUGCGUUGUAUCGAAAUAAUUUUUCAGUUGUAUAAAUACCGUUACGAAUAAAUUGCAUUAAGUUUUGUGUAUCACAAUGAACUAUUGCACUUAUUGAUAUAACGCUUAGAUAUUUUAAUCAUUUUUAAAUUAAAGUGUAGUUAUACAACAAUACAAUACAAAAUGUGUCAUAAUAUUUUCAACGUGUGCUGUUAAAACACGUAUAUAAAAUAUACAUGUGUGCUAUUACACACAUGUAAUUUUAUAUAUUGAGAUAUUAUGACACCAUGUGGAAUAGUCUUAAGACGACAAAGGAAUACUGCGGUGCAAUGCAUAAAGAUUUAUGAUGUUUGUGAAAAUGAUAAUAAAAUCAGUUCGAAAGUACAAUGUUUCACGAAAAUAUUGGUGCAUUAAUUCUAUGAAUAAUUAAGAUCUUAAUUGUAAUGUACGAAUUAAUUUAAAACGUAGCGCUACCCAGUCGAAUAUUUCUUAUAAAAUAAGAAUCGUAUGCCUUAAUCGAAAUUUCAUAUCGUUAUUGUAUUUAUAAUGCAAACGCGUAAUUAUAAUAUUUAUUCGUAGGCCGUUUACAGUUUUGAAAUAUUAAGCAACAAGCUUCCAAUUCAUAUUAUUAUUGUUUGUAACGAUAUUUCUAUUGCAAUUAUUUUCGUGGUAUGACUUUGUGCAGGUCCGUCUGGGUAGAUAUCACCCUCUUAUAACAUAUACUACCGCGAAAUAGCAAUAUUUAGUAUUAUUGUGACGGGUUAAGGCGAGUGAGCCGGUGUAACUACAGGCACAAGGGAUAUAAUAUCCUCUUUCCCAUUGCUGGUGGAGUAUUCUGUUAUAAAUAUAAACCAUUAAUAUUUAUUACAGCGCCAAUAUCCUUGGACAGUUCUGACGUCUUAGUAAUGAAGUCCAAAUGCCCGUCCGCCUAUCAAUUAAAAAUAUAAUUAAUUGAAAUACACGAUUUUAUUAUUCUUUCAACUGUAAACGGUCCUCGUUAGUGCGUAGUGAUAUUUAGACUUAUAUUUUGAGGCUUUUUUCGUAUAACUAUUGGAUAAAAGAUAAUCUAAAAAGACAUUUUAUAAUUUAAUCAAUAACGUAUAUUCCUAAAACAUGCCAACCUAACCUUUGUUGCCAACUACUUCGGUGAUUUUGCAUUUAUGAGGUGUUUUAAAUAUAUGUAUGUACUUACAUAUUUGUGACAUGGCGACUUUCAAUGUAAAUUAAAUCCCCCUAGUGCUUUAAAUUAAUCAUAAAUUAUAAUGUUUGGUUUAAAUUUCUCAAUUCGUACGAAGUUUAUAAUGUAACCGCUAGGGGCGCUGUACGCACACACUUCGUAGACAUUUUUAAUAACACGGUUUAACCAAUUGCGCGACUGUGUUCAUAAAAAUGCUGUCGACUAUACAGGUUUUUCGAAACUAUUACAAUUAUUUUUAAAGUAAUGUAAGGUUUCUACAUUUUUGGUCGUUCGAGUCAACAACUUGCAUUCCAAAGAUGUUUUAAUAUAUUAAAAGACUUAUAGUCUUUGUAUUGUAUGAAUAGUAUUUGUAUGUUUUGAUUCUAAAUUUUGUUUUUAUAUCUUAUUGUUCAUGAUUUUUGUGUAUAUGUAUGGAAGUUUUUUAUUUUUUUAUAGAUGGCUAUCAAUAUAUUAUUUAAAAUAACUGUAUUUAGCACUAGAAUAAGUAUAUUCAUUUUCUCAAUUAGUUUUCAAGUGUGCAUUUUUUCUGCAUUUACUAAGAAAACGUCAUCGGGCUGCCACUUCGAUUAUUAUUUAAACAAUUUAUUUUAUAAUAUUUCUUAGUUACAAUAUUUAAGUGUGUAACGCA